AUGAAAUCUCAUAUAUUUUUAACAAUCAUUUUAUUUGCCAGAUUUGUUCGCGGCUCACCUUUAUCCUCCCCUCCUCCUGUAAAUGAUGAAGCAAUAAUAGAUGUCAAUUUAGAUAAUGGUUUAAGAGACCUUUAUAUCGUGUCUGGAGUUUCUUUACUUUUUUUACAAUUAAAUUGGAUCGGAAGUUUAUAUAUAUUUUAUCGUACAUUCAUUAAAUGGCGCAGUAGCACUUGUAAUGCCAUUCCCCUGUCACUAAGGUUUCCAUUUUAUAUCGCUAUAACCGACUUUGGACUUGCCGUCCCACAUACAAUUAAUAUUGCAUACACAAUGAUUUAUAAACGUACAUUAUCAUCACCAACUUGUGAAUUCUUUGGUGGAUUAAUGAAUACAUUUCUUUUACUUAAUUUAUUGAUGAUUGGAUUUAUUGCAAUAACGACUUGGUUGCGAGUAGUACAAGAAAUUUCAUUUAAUUUCGGAAAAUAUGAUUACAAGUUAUGGGCAAUAAUCAUCGGGAUAGCUUUAACGUUGGAUUGUGUUUCAUUUGGUGAAUUCGGCGCAAGUAAAUAUUGGUGCGCAAAUAUACCAAAAAGUAAAAUAAUUCCGGGAAUUCUCCUAACUUUUAUAAUAUUCAUAUUGGCUACAAUUUUGAUUUUAUAUAUACACAUUCUACUAAUUAUUAAAAAUAUCGAAAUCUUAUCUAUUAAUCGUGAACAAACUGGCAGGAUAAAUUCAAUUGAAAAUCAGGUUACUUUGAAAAUUUUUAGAUACAUAUUAAUGUUUUUGUUACAAUAUAUUCCAAUUUUGAUUUAUUGUCUUGGUACCUUAUUACAGAUGGAUCAUAUUUUAAUACAUGCGAUAUCAUCAACAGCAAUAAAUUUCGGAGCAAUAGGAAAUGUCAUUCAAUACAUUAAAAUUGAAGGAUGGUCAUUUACGUCAAUGUCAAGUUUAAAAUCUAUUAUCACAAUGACUACAUCAUUAUUGUCUAAACAAAAUACUCCUAUUUUUCAAGCAAAGAAGAACAAUAAUUCAAAAAAAGUUGAUUUUAAAGACGAUAAUAUAGAAUUGCAUGAUAUUGUUGAUUCUUUUAAUAUAAAUAUUGCUAGUAGUGAUGAUGAUUAA